UAAAAGUGUGCUGCGCAGCAGUGCAGUACUUUUAAUAUAGUAGUAUAGUGCUAUAUAUUAAAUGCGAAUAUUGCAUUGGAAUUGUAAAUAUAAAUUACGUGUAUCCUAUAGUUGACAUUGGAAUGAACGGUGUCAUUAUUUUGGUAAUCGAGGAACUAUCGGAAUAGAUUCUUAUGAGCAACACAGUAUACGUGAUGUAUAUACUAAUGCUAUUAGAAAAGGCAUUUCAGAAAUGUCAGGCGUGAUGUAAAACGUGUAUUGCGAUUCGGCUGCAAGUUAUCGAUAGGGGAAGCGCGUGGCGACGUGAUGAGGCUAUGGCUGGCCGAGGGCGGGUGGGUUCGGGUUCCAUAUUGCCGUUUGGACGACCUCAAUCAGCGGCGCAAUCUUGUCGACGACCACGCUGAACAAGAUGUGAGAUGCGAGGUCUUAGUGGAUCUUGAGGAAGAUAGUUAUCCAAGGGAAAUAAGCCUUGAAAGUGCGAGUGACGAGGGAAAUAUUGGUGAAGCGCGGGUGUUCGAUUCCCUCAGUGCCAAGGUAUCCAAAAGUGGAAUAGAACCAGCUGUGCCAUGCAACGGUGACGUGACUACUUUCGAUCCAAUCCAUCGACUCGCGUUCUUUAAAGCACCCAGAACUCGAAUAAAAUACAUACUGGAUAUUCUCCGAGACCUCCGGCAGGGCCUCCUGCGCACGGAGCGGCCUCUGCGCGAGACGGCCAUCUUCUACACCAAAGGUACCCCUUACACAGAUGACACCUAUAUGUACGAUGACGACGUCGGCGACGGCGUGGAGGCGGGCGCGUGCGUGGGCGCCGCCCAGGGGCGGCCGGGGCCCCCGCACCACUGGUACGACGAGCCGCCCUACGAGUCCGACCCCGAAGACUUUCUCAUCGGCAAGGACGCUUACAGAGAGCCGUACGUGAGCAGCCCGCGCCUCGCCCUCAAGGACGAGGACAUCAUCUCCCUGCGGACGGCCGGCGACAUCUCAGUGCCUCGGGAGGUGAGCAAGACCGCCCACACCCACUGGCCCGGGGGCGGCUCGCACUACGCCUUCCGCAGCCCCACCCACGCCCCCCGCGGUGGCCCCACUCACACCCACUGGGCGGAACCAAUUUACCAGAGUGGGCGGUGUGUGGCCACGUACGCCCAGCCCGUGUAUGACAACGUGCGGUCGGCGGGCGUGCUGGCCACGGAGCGGGCGGGGCAGCUGCGAGUGGGGCGGCGGGAGCCCGAGUACCACAACGUGGAGGCGCUGCGGCCGGGGGGCGGCCGACGGGGGCGGCGACCCCUCCUGCGGGAGAGCGGCGGAGACUACGCCUCGGACGUGCAUAGCGUCACGUCGCGACUCUCCAACGUGUCCGUGGAGACUAACCGCUCCGACCCGACCGACCUGCGCCUCUCCAAGUACACGGUGAGUGUGGCGGACGCUGGGAGGGACGCUGGAGGUGCCCCGGGG